UAAUAACAACAUGGAUACUAAUUAUUCUGAUUACAUCACACCAACAAGUUAUGAUUACUACGGUACAGGAACACAAUCGGAGAAAUCUAAAUAUGUUUAUUAUAUAAACGUUAGUACCGGAGAUAAUGUAGCAAGCUUUGCAAAGAAUAAGACUAUUUAUGAGCGCCUUGAAGGGUGUGACUCUGAGGAACAACAGGAGUUGCAUAGUAAAGAGAUCAAACGAAUGAUAACCUAUUACGAUAGUCUCUCUGAAGACUUAAUUAAAAAGAACUCUGUUAUCCGUAAACCAGAUUCCAGUGAGAGAUUCAGGUUCACACGAGAUGUUGAAGUCAUAGCAUCCAAUGAAACCGGGGAAGGGGAUAUGAAUAGUAAUGAUAAACCAAGCGAUAUCUUACCAAUGGCAUUGCUUACCUUCUCGGAUACCCUCGAAUCCAUCGAAACCAAUCCUCUUUUAGAAAGAUACGGGGGAAACAAAUGUUACUGGGUACAUAUCAAGCAUCCAAUGUCAGCCAUAUAUUUUACCAGAGAGGUUAAUUAUAUGGACUUUUUUGGUUGUAAUAGCAAGAAUGGUAGAGAAUUAAAAUACACUGAUACUAUAGAAAACAUACAUGCUCAACUCAAAAAACACGAUAGUGUGAUCAAAGGUAAUAUUAAUUUUUAUGAGCAGAAAAACGAUAUCGACAAGGCCACAUUGGCAUUUUUCAAGGAACGUUAUGCAUUUGUACCCGAUCCAACAUGGCUCAGUAAUCAUAAAAAAACAAAAAAAUAUACCAAAAAAUCUUUGGUUGGGACCAAUAUCAACACCCUUGUUAGUAAUCGACCAUCUAAAUAUACCAGGGAAAUUGUAGAUAUUGAAAAUAAAAGAGAG